AAUAAAAAUGGCUCCGUUGUACAUAAAUCUGUGAAAAUGUAGUUUCAACAAAACAUUGCAAUUAAAUUUGGAAAAUUCAUAUAUUUUAUUGUUCAAUAAUAAUUAUUAUCGUUCGUAUUUCUCUAACCUAUCGAUUGAUAUCACAUUUGCAUUACAUGUUGUGUUUUAAAGAUCUCUAAUUUGUGAUUGAAAUUCGUACAAAAAGUCAUUCGUUGAAAGUCCCACCAUAUAUUAUGUUGUGCAGUGAAUCGCGCUUUUCUGGUUCAUAAUUUAUUCCCUUUUCCAUUAUUUACACUCCAUCGAAUUGGAAAAACUACAAAUUUCCUAAAUCACAUUGGAAAAUUAAUAAAUCUGUGCAUUUUCUUGUUUCGUUUUAGAUUUUAUCAAGUUUUUUAAUUUUUUUCAUUAAUCGUUUGACAUUUUGAUAUACGUGCAACUCUUUUUUAGAAAUUCACCUCAAAGUGAACUCAUGCAACUUUUUUUUUCUUUAUGUACUAUUUUACUCUUGUCUUCUCCACAAAACAAAAAAAAAACGUAAAUAUAAACAAGAACCCCAAAGUGAAUUCACUACGAAAUUAAAUAUAAAUAAAAACAUGUACAAAUUAUAUAGAUUGGGUUAAUUGAAUACAAAAAAUAGGUAAACUUCAAUCCGACGCAAUGGCUCGAUGGGGCAAGAACAUCGUCGUGCCAUUGGAUUCACUAAUCAAAGAAAAAGAAAACACCAAUCGCCCCACUGCUGCACGUUCAGCUGGCACAGUUGGCAAAUGGGGCAAAAUGGGUUUCACAUCGACACGCACUUACGCUCUGCAAUCGAUAACGGCCGAAUUGAGUCCUGGCCAAAGUCCCGAUGCGGCAACGGGCAGUACUGGUGAAGGCGAUUCAUCGCCCACACGCGAAGCACCAAAACCAAAGAAAUUCUUUAAGAGUCGCAAUUCGGCGACAACUCUUAUUUCUGCGCAAAUAAUUCAGCAUUUACCAAGAGCUCCGCCAUCACCAAUUCGAGAUGUUUAUCCGGCAAGUGGUUCGCAAUCGAGUUCGAAUCAUCGGAAUACUGUAAUUAAAUUGAAAGUACCAAAAGCUCCCGCUGAGCGGAAGAACUCUUCGUCAUCAUCGGAAAGAAUAGUGAAACCGAAAAAGAAGAAGGAAGAGAAGAAACUUAAGCCUGAAGCUCCUCCGUCGAGGGUAACUUCACGCAGUAGGAAAGUCGUCAAUUAUAAUGAGGAAGAUGACUAUGAACGUUGCCCGACUCCGUUGAAAGAUAUAAUUAUGCUUAAAACAGCAUCAAAUCCUGGUUCUCCGGAGCCGGAGGAACUGGAACCGGAAACUGAAUUAGAACCUGAAGAAGAACCAAGCCCGGUAAUUGCAAUUGUGAAAAGUCCAGUUGCAGUUCCAGCAGCACCUCCGCCAUUACCGCCACCACCUAAGACACCGAGCGUUGAGCAUCCUCCAAUUGUCUUGAGGAUAUCUAAGGGCACAUCACGCCUCGUCAGCACAGACAGUGAAGAACAACUAAAUUCUCCACAACAUGAUUUCCAAAGUCACACCAAUAAUAUAAUUGCAUUCAAUUCAACAACGUCAACAACUACAACCACAUCAUCAUCCGAGCCACAUAAAACUUCCAUAACUUCAUAUUCAGCUAUCAACUCUGCUGACAAACCACUAGAUCCAACAACAACAACAAACAUUAUUCCACAAAGUGCCACAGCAAGUGUAAGUCCUCCUCCUCCAAUUCCAAAAGUCAUUGUCAAGCCAUUACCAGCUGUACCAUCAUCAUCAUUAUCACCUUUGCCUCCACCCGAACCGGCAAUUCCAAUACCUGCACCAUUUGUUCCAUCAGACGAACCUGAAGAGUUCAACUAUUGUACAGUCAAAAUAUCUCCUGACAAACCACCAAAAGAACGACUAAAAUUAAUUAUCAAAACCGACGUGAUACGCAAUGCACUUGCUGCAGCCGCAGCUGCUGCCGCUGCAGCAGCUUCCAACUCGGCUGUAAGUUUAGAUAAGCCUGAGAAAGAAAAGAAAUCCAAGAGCAAGAAGCACAAACAUCUGAAGAAUAUUAUGGCAACGACAAAAGAGGGCGAAUUCAAGACUCCAUCGCCUCAACAAAGCACAGACAAUUACCGCACAAUCAUAUCGCCUCCAACGCUAUCGGAAAAAGAUUUCGAUUCACAGUCAUCGGUGUUGGGAAGUAUUUCGUCAAAGGGUAAUAGUACACCACUGGCACAAGCUAUACCUGAUGAAGCUUGUGUGAUACGAAGUCGAGGAUCGAGUGACAUUACCAGUGAUUUGGAGACAAGUCAGCAUAGUUCGCUGGUGGCUCCUCCGUCCGAUAUUGAGUCUCGGUUAGAAUCGAUGAUGGAUGGGGAAGAUACGGCAGAGGCUCCGAAAGAAGCUGUUAUCAAUGAAGAACCUCUGCAAGAAGAUAUUCUUGAAGUUCUUACAGGUGGUGUAGAGCCAGAAGUUCAAGAGCCAGAAGAACUCCCCGUUGUUCAAGAAGAACCAACAACACGGAGAGUUACAAGAGGCAAGAGGGCGGCAUUAAAAGAACCCAUUGUCAAAGAAGUUGGACCAGUUAUUAAGGAAUUACCUGCUGUAAAGGAACCUGAAAUUAAGGAAACUUUUCCCAUAGAACCUGUCUCUGAGGAACCCCAGGAAGAGAUUUCGCCGAAGGAAGUCCAAACGCCUCGACGAACUAGAAGAGGAGUGCAAAAUGCUCAAGCAGCACCUGAUACAGCUAUUGAAAUAACACCUCCAACGGUGAGCAAGUCGCCGACGAGAAGAACAACUCGUCGUAAAAACACACCAGCUAAGACAACACCUGUUGAAGAAGAGCCUCAACCAGUGACUCCUCCAGCUGAAGUAGUUGCGAAACGUGGUGGACGUCAAACUCGUAAUAACAAUCUAAAUAACAACAAUAAUAAAUCUCCAAUAGCUAAGGCAGACACAGUGCAACCAGUUGUGACGCCACCUCCAGUUCUUCGGAGCUAUGGAAGAAAACGCAAGAACCCACUUGCUACAAAUGAGGGUGGUCUAUCGCCGGCUAAAAUAACUCCACCAGCAGAGCCACCUUUCAGCAAUAUAGACAUUGAUUCAUCUCUGCAAACUACCUCCUCGAUUGAUAUUCCUCAUGAAGCAGAACAACUACAGUCUAAUACAAUUCCUACACCAUUCGAUGAACCUGUGAGUUUGGUGGUACCGAAGCUAACAGUGGUUACAGAAGAAGUCCAACGACGUGACUAUAAAAUCAAAGAUAAAUUCAAGCGAACAUGGUUGGAAAGAGAUGCCCGCGAACAGCAAGAAGCAGCCGAGAAAGCUGCAGCUGCCGAACAAUUAGCCAAAUCCGAAGCUGGUGCACAUAAGCUUGAUCAGGAUGAGGAAAUGGUGCAACCGGCGGCAAUGAAAUUGGUAAUAUCGAAGAAGAAGGGCAGCAUCUUUAAGAGUAGAGUUGCAGAUCAAUUCCCCAAAAGACAUCUAUACAAACAUCGUUGGGAUGAGCAACUCAAUGGAGAGCAGUCGAGGCAAGCAGCUAAUCAGAGUGAUAAUCCAGCACCAGCUAAAACAGUUAGUGGGGAGAUAUUUGAAGAUUUCAGUGAGGAUUGUGAAGAUACUUCGGAUGUUCCACAGCCUAAGCUGACGCGGUUUGUCAAACAGCCUACGGGUGGAAGUAAAUUUGACGAGGAACCAGUCACUAGCGUUCGAUGUGAACGAAAAGCUAAGGAAUACUAUACAGUGGUGCGCAAUGUCAAGACCGCUCAUCAAAUUCAAGAAUUUGGGGAAUACCAGGAAAUCAACGACGAUGUUGAUUAUUUCUUGGAAGCCCUGCAGCCGCAUAAUCAAAUUUCAACUCGUUGCUUGUCGGCCAUUAAGUUGGCAUCUAAAUGUAUGACACCUGGUUUUAGGAUGCAUGUUCGAGCUCAUGGAGUAGUAACGAAGUUCUUCAAGGCUCUCAGUGAUGCUCACAAGGACCUCAGUUUGGGUCUGUGUACAUCAGCGAUUAUGUUUAUUCUCUCGCAAGAUGCCUUGAAUAUGGAUCUUGAUCGGGAUUCGCUUGAAUUGAUGAUGAAUCUCUUGGAAGUGGACGUGUCUGAUCCAGCUUAUUUCCCUGAAAUAACAAGCUACAAUCGCAACAAGAAAACCGUCACGGAAAUGUGUGAAGAAAUCAAAAGUCAAGGCAAAGCAACGCAUCUAAAUAUGGAAACUAUAUCGUCAGGAACUUUAGCAAUGGAAACUCUACUCUCGUUAACCUCAAAACGAGCUGGUGAAUGGUUUAAAGAAGAGCUUCGUAACCUUGGUGGCUUAGAGCAUAUAAUCAAAGUAAUUUGCGAUUGUUGUACACAAAUAAUGGCAGCAGAAGAAGGCGAUUCUAUUAGUUGGACGCCGAGUUUGUUGGAAAAUUUGAAAACAAUUGAACGGUGUUUACGAGUUUUAGAAAAUGUCACUCAAGUAAAUGAAUUAAAUCAGGACUUUAUACUGAAGUUUAGCAAUGGUGAAGCAAUAAAUACACUUUUUAAACUUUACAAAAUGUGUGAUCGUGAGCUAUGUCUUCAUCCGACCACUGAUGCUACAUCAAAGAAUAAUCCUGGUGUUGUACUGCGUGAGGCUCUAAUACCAACACUUAAGGUUCUUAUCAAUUUAACACAUCCGUUUGAUUCGAAUGCAAAUGGAAGUGCCUUACUUGGACAGAGGCAUGAAAUCUUUGACAUUAGUUUGCAUAUUCUGCUGCAGUGUCCAAAUUACAUUCCUGAACGUUGUGUCUUUGAAUUGAGUAUGCUCGUUCUAUUAUUGUUGAUCAAUCUGACAAUGCAUACAGUUGAUAAUCGCACGUGCGUUAUGAAAGCAAUGGCUCCACCAGAUCUUAAAACUUUUGCUGAACAAAUACCAGCUGUAAAGGCAUUGGUUGAAUAUUUCUACAAAUGCGAGGAAUUAGCAAGAUUGGUUGAAAAGAACACCGAUGCUAUCCUAGACAACACCGAACAGAAAAAGAAACAAGAAGAAGUUGAUGAAACCGUUAAUAACCUUCUUCAAAAAGCGGGUCAUCACAUGGAACACACUCUCAAAGGCAGCUAUGCAGGUAUCCUCAUUGCACAUUUAAUCACCGAUAGUGAAGAAAAUGAGAGAGUUGUUCGAACAUACCUCAGAGAAAAUGGUUUCAAAGAUAUAACCGGCGUCUUGGAGAAAUAUUACACAUUCAUGAAUUUGACAGCAAGUUCUGAAGCAACAAUUGUCCAACAUAUAAAAUCGACAAAAAAACUUAUCGACAACCUUAAGAAACGUGAUAUUAUAAACGAAGGCGGAACUACUACACCAACAAAAUACAAUGAUUCAGCUUCAACUUCGUCAAAUUCAUCACCAGCAAUAGCCACUCGCAGUACACAGCGCGUCUACAAAACAUACAGCCAGAGAUAAUUGUAAAUUGUAAAAAAAAAACAACUCAAAUUUUAAGAUAACUUUUCCAUUUCCAAGAACAAAUAAGUUUUUCUUUAAAGGCUGAAUACAAACAAUUAUAAUUAUUAAUUAAACAAAAAAUCAUCAACAACAACUGCAAAGGAACACUUUCACUUUAAUUAUGCAAACUUACUACACUUAAAGGUUUAUUUAAAAAAUUUUUAACGGUUAUUUUUAUCUUUUCUUUUAUUUUUUUUAACUUAUCAUAGAUAUAUAUAUUUAAGAAUGCAUACAGAUAAAGAAAAACAAAUUAUUACAAAAAAAAAUAUUAAAUUUAAUUUAGUUCAUUUAUUAUCACAGAUUUUAGCUUCUAUAUAAUGCUGCCUCAGCCUGGCAAACUUGUGUAAUUACUAUUGAUAUUAUCACUCGUAUAAGAUGGAUUGAAUAGAAUAUAGAUGCAAAAAUCGCUGGGUUAUGUUGUAGUUUUUGAAUGUAAAUAUAUUAUAUUAUGUAUUGUUAAAAGAAUAACAUUAUUAAGGAAAUAUUAAAUAAGUAUUUAGUAUAUUAUA